AGGGUACAUUACCAUGUGAAUAAAAACUAGAGUCAAUGACAUUGUUAAGAUUGCCGACUGUGCAAAUAAUUGAUUGUGUUUAGUUUGGUGGAGUGUUUCAGCAAUGUCAAAUAUCAGAUACACCUUGAGACGAAAGGCCGGCCCCCACACAAAUUUCAUUUCACACAUUUUUUUUUUUUUAUGAUAAAUUGCGCGUUUCCGGUGGACAAGACACUAUCAGUCGUAUCCCCGACGCUUCCGCGACACUCUUGGUAUUAAUCAGGGGGAUUAACCAGACAGGAGAGUAUAAAAACACUAGGCUGUGAAGCUUGUACGUCAGUGAUCUGGAAACCCGGUGGACAUACCCUGUCGAGAUGACGUCCCCAAUAUUUUCCGUCUUGUUGAUUUGUUUUAUCAAUUCGGUGAUCUCUUGGCCAUUUGUCUGGCGGAGAGAUGUGGGCAAUAACGAUUUGGAGGGGUCUAAUGAAUUGCUGACUCACCUGGGGCACUUGGAGGAGACAAUGUUUGGUGUACCGAGCAAUGAGACAGGUGCAAAGGUCGCUGGGUGGAGCGAGGAUUUGGGAAUUAAUCCGGAGGAGAUGGGAGAAUAUGCAGAGGGUGAUAUACUUUUCCCUGUGGGGCUCUCGAGGAAUGGACUCCUUGCGCAGUCCUCGCGGUGGCCUGAGGGAGUCAUUCCGUACAUGAUCAGCCCGUACUUCAAUGCCAAUCAGAAAGCCCUCAUCAUGGAUGCAAUGAACGAUUACCAUGAAAAUACCUGCAUUCGAUUCAUCCCCUACGCCGGUGUCCAGAGUGAUUAUAUUCGCAUAACUGCUGGAAAUACCGGCUGCUGGAGUAGCGUUGGAAGGAUAGGUGGUGCACAGGAUGUUAAUCUUCAGGUACCAGGGUGUGUCACGAAGAAGGGCACUGUUAUUCACGAGUUGAUGCACGCAGUGGGCUUCCUCCACGAACAGAGUCGCUUUGAGCGAGACCAAUUUGUGUCCAUCAACUGGCAAAAUAUCAUGCCGGGUCGCGCCGGGAACUUCGACAAAGCGUCAAAGGGCACAACUGAUGGCUUCGGGGUGGGAUACGACUAUGGGAGUGUUAUGCAUUAUUCCGGAAAUGCAUUUUCAGUUAAUGGACGACCAACGAUUGUUCCCAAGGAAGGAAACGGCCUCUUGGAUCUCAUUGGCGAAGUAUUCCAGGGGAGAACGAAUAUCAUGUUGGGGCAACGCGAGGGGUUCAGUAGACGAGACAUCCAGAAGAUAAGGAGGAUGUACAGGUGCAGCAAACGUCGACGAAGUAACAAUUAAUUAUUCAAACUAACUGGCACAUCAGUAAUUAUGGGCAUUGGAA